AUGUACACCAAAAUGAUUUAUUUCCUGAUGCUUAUAGCCUGUGUUCCAGCUGCUAUUGCUACAUUUGUCGAAGUUGCAGGAACCGUGACCAGCAAAGAUAAUUUUCAACGUAAACAUCUCAAAGCUAACUUAUGCUUUUGGGCAGACACUGGAUAUCACAGUUACAGGGUCUUCGAUAUAGAUUCACCAAAUGGAAAAAGAGCUUGUUCUUCCGAUGGACAAUGGUGUUUUAAAGUGGUCUCAUUUGACGAAAGACAAGGAAGAAUUGAUUAUUCAAUCUACUUUGGGAACCGAGAAUCACAAGUACAAUCAUCUGUUGAUACCAACUCUGUUUGUACAGAACCUAAAACAAAUGAGUUUACUUGUGAAUGGGAGAUUAAAAAUCACAGAUUUGAAAUGUAA